ACGAAAGCUGACCAUUGCCUCUGUUUCCAGCAUCGUCAUUGGUGACUGACUUGGACCGCUCCGUGAUGAUGGUCAACUCGCGUCUUCGCCAGUCACCCGGCUACACGAGCGCCGAGGUGUGGUUCCGAGCUGCCACCAUCGCAGUGCCAAUCUGCGGAGCUCUCAUCCUUUUCGUCCUCAUUGCGCUGGCAGUCAGGAUCCUCCAGUCGGACGCCAUGGACGAUAGAGUUCUCGCUGCCAAGUUGAGGGCAAAACAUAGUGGAUUUUCUCCAGUGAGCUUAAACGGACCAAGUUUUGUCCACCAGUUGCACGACCACGAGAGGAAUGAAAUCAAUGGCAACCUCACUUCCAAGAAGAUGCCUCUGUUGUUCCACCACGAGUCUGUGAAUACAACCAUGUCUUCCGUUCCUUUCACGGGGUGUGUCAACCGCCCGACCAACCAUGGGCAAGGCGUCAAUGUCUUGCACAGCUGCCAGCAGCGACACAAGAACGAAGCCAACGCGAAGCUCAACCUCUCACAGAACGUGGCAGAACCACCUGUUCCUGUCGUUCCGGUGCACUCGGCCACACAGACCUCCCCAGAGCCACCGUCGAAUCUCAUCGACCUUCACAAAUCCACCAGUCCUUGCAACAACAACUGCAACAUCUACCAGAAUGAAGAAUCCCCCGACGAGCUACAUCCUGCCUGUGCCCUCCUGUCCUCCGCUCCAACCAAUCACAAACUGACCUACAAGAAACCGUUGGUCACCUCCUGGACGGAAUCCGACGUCAGGUUCCCUCACUUGCAGUAGACUUGAUCUCUUAUCUGAACCAUAAUCUUGAGAAUCUGUAUUGUUUCUUUGUAAUGUAUGUCGCUUGUUUCAAUUAUUUGUGAUCAUUAGUUUUAGUUGUAUUGUAUAUAUGCGUAGGAGAAUUAACUUCACGAAUUUUAUCUUUCUGUGAUCUUGAGGAACAAAAUGUUGAUGCUGAUGUUUCAUUCACUCUUUACUGACAUAAAGAACUGAUAAGUAAGUCAAUGAGAUUUUUGAAACAAAGCGUCACAUUUUAUACUCUUACCUAUCAGGCUGCCAGCUCCUUGUUGUUUUAUCUCAUGUCAUAGAUUGUAAUACCCGAAAAGUAAAAAUUACUAUAAAUUACCAUCUGAAACAAAAACUUCCAUUUGACACUGAAAAUGGAAGUAUUCAAAUUGAUUCAUCUUGAGGUCCUCUUAAACCAUAAAUUGAGGUCACUACACCAAAGACAAAAUGCGUAUUUUCUAUUUUAUUAAUGUUUUACGGUUGGCAGCUUAAAAAUAAGACUAAAAUGCGAAACAAGACUUUUGUAUGUUUUGUGUAGCUUAUCUGAUAGUCCUAGUCAAUGUAAAGAAUUUUUAUACAUUUUGUACAUAAUGUAAUUUUAAGACAAUAUAUUUUUGGUCAACAAAAAUGGUUUUCAAUUAGCUAGUUUUUGUACCAUGUGUCUAACUAAAUCAACUGAUUUUUCAGAACCUUCAGAAAUGCCUCAGGUUUAAAUAGCAACUAAAGCAAUAGUUUUGUGGAAUUAUUUUAGCUGUGUUUUAUUUAUAGAAUUUGUUUGAAGAUUAACAACUUGUCACAUUAACUAUCAAUGAAUAACUCCUACGUAAUUAUUUUGAAACCAUCAAGAAAAAUUUGAAAAUCAUUUUAAGUUACCAUUACUACCAAUGUACCAUAUGUGCUAUUGUAUAUAUAUGUAUUUUACAAUUUGGUAUUAAUUUAUUAACAGUUUAUGUUCAAUAUAAAAGUUAAAUUACAAAAUAUGUUUAAAAUUCUUAAAAUACUUCAGAUGGUCAAAGAUGUACAUUGUUGUAUUUUCUCAAAGUUAAUAAUUUCUGAACAUCGAGCAGAAUAGUUGCUUUAUGCAGUUUGUUCAUCAAACAUGUUGUUUGAAGCAAAUAAACACCAUUUGUUUAUAGCAAAAGUGAUUUAUUAUUUAUGGAACAACUUCUGAUCUUACAGAAUUAUUAAUUUUGCAGAAAAAAUACAACAGAAUGAUUUUAAAUCAUAAUAGUACUGAUUUUGUUACAGCAAAUGUUAAAGGUUAUAAUAUUUUACAUGUGUAUUGAUAUGUGCAUAAUAUAAAUUUGUUUUUAAGAUGUAUAUAUGACUUGUAUAUGCUAUUGUCCAAAUAUUUUGUACACUAUAUUAACAUUGUAUAAAUACAAGACUGUACUUAUCAUAUAAAUGAAUGCAAUCAAAAUCGUUUGUGCCUAAAGUUGCAUAGCCAUAUGCAAUAUUGUUCUUGAUAACAGAUGUGCACAAAAAUAUCUUAUUUGUGAUUUGUUUCAUAAUAAUAAAAGGGAUUUUAUUUAUGAUUAUA